AUGGAAUUGUGUCUCCCAUACCUCGAAGAGCAUAUAACGCCGAACACAUCUUGCAACAGAGGAUGGUUGCGUUGGCUUGUUCAAAUCAUUUUUGGUAUUCUCAUCGUGAGCAGCUUCAUUUUGAUCGUGCUCAUGGCUCUGAAUAGUUCUCAUAGAGGGACAGUUCGUAAUUCGAGAUGCGCUAUAAACAAUUGCAGAGUUACUUGCAAUGACGCACCAUUCUAUGGAAACUAUGAGAACGACAUUGUAAAUGCCGCUGCGGAAGUCGACGCUAAUUGCGAAAGCAUUGCUUUACAGCUGAACAGACCAACAUUCGAAAAUUCUAAAAUACCGGAACAUUGGCUUUCCAGAAUUCGAUCCAAUGUUCGAGAGUUGGCUAUUAUUGGAGGAAAUAUUAAAUAUAUACCUUCGUACGCAUUUAUGAGUCCAUUCAGCAAUAACCUCAGGACACUUAUUUUAGAGAACAUAGAAAUAAAUCACUGGGAUAACGAUAUGCUAAUAGGUCUCUCCAGACUAAAAAAACUUUAUAUCAAGAAUUGUAUUCUGAAUGAUAUACGAAAAUAUGCCUUAAGAAUAGUGGCAGAGAGCUUGCAAUUUUUGGACAUCAAAGCGACUAAAGAUUUUAAUCCAACUAAUUUAACGGGUUCCGUGAAACUUGAAUCCUUAACUUUUGUUGAUUUGUCAUUAAAUAACUUUGAUAACAUUUUACAACACACGAGUUUUUCCAAGCUAAAUUACUGCAAAGUUUUAUUUCUGAACUCUUGUAAGAUAACAUCGCUUGGUCCAGGUACAUUUGACCAUUUGAAUAGCAUUGAAGUGUUGUAUCUGAACGAUAACGACUUGGUUACAGUUCCAGUGGGAUUGUUUGAUAAAAUUAUUCCACUUCAACCAAGAAUUGCUCUACAGGAGAAUAUCUGGCAUUGUGAUUGUUCUGCAAAUGAUUUGAGGAAUGUUUUUAAGAGUGGCUUAUUAAUAGUGGAUCCUAUUUGCCGGUACCCACAUACAGUAAGUGGGAUGACAUUCUCUGAUUUAGAAGGUUACUGCAACGGAGUUGAUAAUGAAAACGCAAUAGUUUACGAUUCGAUAGGUAAACCUUGUAAAAAUAUAUCCAAAGUCAUGUAUAUGAAUGAUGCAUGUUCUGAAACUAAUUCGACCAACGAUCAAGUAAGAAUAGUAUCUAAGGGACAGACGUGUCUUUUAAACAGAAUAAAUAAUAAUGAACUGAACUUUUCUAAUGAUAAUAUUGAUAACGAGUCGACGGGUGUCCGUCCGAUUUGGAUAAAACCCGUGUAUUCCAUUCAGAGUGAUAUCCAUUCGAUGGUUGAAAUGGAAUUAUCCGAGCAACCAGGGCUUGGUCUGCUUUGGUAUCAGUCGUUAUGUUUAAAAGAAGUGUUUUGCACUAACUCGAUACCGCAUGUUCUGAAGAUUUUUAAUAUAGAUUCUGACGUAAGCUACACGUUCUGCCCAUUUAAUUUAACUAACGAUAUCGUAUUAGGCCAUCAAUGUGUAUCAUUUAAUUUUUUAAAUACAACAUCAAUAUAUGGAUCGAAUAAUUAUGAAUUGAUAUUAUACAUUUGCCUUUCAUUCGGAUGUCUUCUGUGCGGCGCUGUAUCUGUAUACGUGAUCAUUCAACGAUAUCCAAAUCUUUUGAAGGGAAACAAAAGAGUUAUACUUGUUAAACACAAGUCAAUCGAGGCACUAAUACUACCACCAAAAUUACCAAAACGCGAGAAUUUCUUAAGUGAGCCGAAACCGAUAGCCAGUCAUGUUUAUGAAAAAAAGAAAAUUUUCCUGUUAUCAGAUCGUUUCGACAGAUUAUCUCCCAAGAAUUUUGUUAGAUCGAUUUCGAUGAGAAGCUGUGACAGUAAUGAUGCAAGUUACAUAUCCGCUUUGCCGCCUACCGAGGAACAGAUAAACGAAUGGCGUUCUAAUCAAAGCGUAGAGCAAUAUGAUAACAUACCCAUGACCGAUAUCGAUACAUCGCCAUUUUCUAGCAUCUACGACCAAGAAUCUUUACCAUAUUACUCGAUUCAAACCUGCGAGAGGUUUUACGAAGUCCCGAAACAAUAUUAA